AACUAGGACCUGAUAUGUAUGACUUGCUUCGUGAUUUAAAAGUCACACAUAUUUGUGUAUUUUAUUAUUAAAAGAUUAUUUAUAGUAAUGUUAUUUUAAUCAGUAUUAGGUAUGUUUAGUAAUCGGAUGGUAGUGUGUAGCUACUGAUGUUGUGCAAUACAAAUAUUUAACUUGACGUAUGAUGCAAAUAAAAAAACGUGUCAAACUGUGGAAAAUUAUGGAAGUUUUAUGAUUUAUAUUUUUUGCAAGGGAUUUUAAUUAAACAGACCUGCUUAUUUUUAUAUUAUCUGCACGCUUAUAAUUAGUGAGCACCAUGUCUACUUCGGCUGUAUAUAUUCUGGAUGUGAAGGGGAAGGUUUUGAUAUCUCGUAAUUAUCGAGGAAACAUUGAUUUGGGUGUUAUUGAUAAAUUUAUGCCACUUCUUAUGGAAAAAGAGGAAGAAGGAAUGGUUACACCUAUAUUACAAACAGCAGAUUGCAUAUUUGCAUAUAUAAAGACAAAUAAUCUGUAUAUAGUAUCUACUACAAAGAAAAAUGCAAACAUUGCUCUUGUUUUCGUAUUUUUGCAUAAAAUUGUACAGGUCAUGGUAGAAUAUUUCAAGGAACUGGAAGAAGAGAGCAUAAGAGACAAUUUUGUUGUGAUUUAUGAACUACUAGAUGAGCUUUUAGAUUUUGGUUAUCCUCAAACUACUGACAGCAAAAUAUUGCAAGAGUAUAUUACUCAAGAAGGGCAUAAGUUAGAAAUUCAACCUCGUAUUCCUAUGGCAGUUACAAAUGCUGUAUCAUGGCGCUCAGAAGGUGUCAAGUACCGAAAAAAUGAAGUAUUUUUAGAUGUAAUAGAAUCCGUAAAUCUUUUGGCAAAUGUAAAUGGCAAUGUUCUAAGAAGUGAAAUUGUCGGUGCUAUUAAAAUGAGAGUAUAUCUAUCAGGAAUGCCAGAAUUAAGAUUAGGCUUAAAUGAUAAAGUUCUAUUUGAAAGCACAGGCAGGGGUAAGUCAAAAUCUGUGGAACUUGAGGAUGUGAAGUUUCACCAAUGUGUGCGAUUAUCUAGAUUUGAAAAUGAUCGAACCAUAUCAUUUAUUCCUCCUGAUGGAGAGUUUGAGUUAAUGUCUUAUCGACUUAACACACAUGUAAAACCCUUGAUAUGGAUUGAAUCAGUAAUUGAAAGGCACGCACACAGCCGUGUAGAAUACAUGAUCAAAGCUAAGUCACAAUUUAAAAGACGGUCAACUGCAAAUAAUGUGGAGAUACUGAUUCCUGUACCAGCUGAUGCAGAUUCCCCGAAGUUUAAAACAACAAUUGGAAGUGUUAAAUAUGCUCCUGAUUUGAAUGCAUUUACUUGGUCCAUAAAAUCAUUUCCAGGUGGUAAAGAAUACCUAAUGAGAGCACAUUUUGGAUUGCCAAGUGUGGAAUGUGAAGAUACGGAAGGAAAACCCCCAAUACAAGUGAAAUUUGAGAUUCCUUACUUCACUACAUCUGGAAUUCAGGUACGAUACUUGAAAAUAAUAGAAAAGAGUGGCUAUCAAGCAUUACCAUGGGUUCGGUACAUUACGCAGAAUGGUGAUUAUCAACUAAGAACUAACUAAAAAUAAAUCAUUCCCUAUUAUAUAGUAAU